AUGCAGAGACUGCCUAGGUUUGGACAAAAAGGAAAUUAUUAUGAUGAAGAAUUAGAAAGAAAAGGAAUUGAAAAAUUAGAAGAGUUUCUUAAGAGAGAAAAAAAAUGCAAAAAAGCAAUUGGGACUGUAAUCGGAAAUUUUGAAGCUGUAGAAGUAAUUGAAGAUAAAGCAGGGUUAAGAGGACAAUAUGGGUAUAUAAUGAAUGGAAAAUUUUAUUUGUUUCCUGAAGAAGCACUUCAUUUGAUAGGCAAAGGCAAUUUAAUUGUAAAUGAUGACCUAGGGCAGCUGAUUAGGAAUUGUGGAAUGAAUAUUGAUUGCAUGAAUUGUUAUGGCUUUCUAAGAAGAGAAGGAGUAUGUUUAAAAAGAUCAAAAGAAAAUAUGAGAAAUAUUUUGUAUAAAGCUAGCCAAGAAGAUUUAUGCAAUGAAUUUGUGCUAAAUAAGUCUGGAAAACCUCUACAUGUGAAAUCUCCAAGUGAUACUUUAGAUCCUAACUUUGAAUUAGUAGCUCUUACUUCUUUAUCAAACCCAGCUUUAUUACAAAUUCAAGAAAUUUCUCCAUAA